AUUUUCAAAUUAAAAAGAAACCCUCAACUUUUUCGGGUUCUCUCUCAGAAAUUUAAAGCUCAGAAUCAAAACUAUCUGUUAGCUCUUAAAAUCUUUCGGUUGGGAGAUGGAAAUCGAUGAAUCUAAUAAUGAAAUUGGAAAAGAGGCUCUGAUGGAUCAACAGGAUAGCAUCGAUAAUUUGGUAGUAAAUGAAGGUAAUGAAGAAGAAAUCCGGGAUAACAACGAUUCACUAAAACAUUCAGAAGAUACUUCUCCGGAAUCAGAUGGGGAUGGGGUUUCUUUUUCUCCAGCAAUUCAGCCUCCUUUUUGCAAUCAGAUAGAACGAUUGUAUGUUUCUUCUGCCAAUACUUCAAUUGCUGCACCGAAUCUCCAUGCUGCUUCUGAAGAAAUGAUUGAUGAUGACACUGAUUUUGGUCCUGAUAUUACUAAUACUUCCUUUGAAGAUGAAUUUGAGCUGUUUCAAAGAACACCAAUUCAUGAAUCCAAUACCCUGGGAACAAAUGCAGACAACGAGGGUAAAGUGUUCGGUGAAUUUACUGAAUCAGAAGAUUACCUACAAUCUCUUCCUUGUGCUGACUUGGGUGAAGGAUCAAAAUCAAUGGUAGAGACAGGUAAUAAAGACAGAAUCAGUGAGUUACCUGAUGCUUUAAUUCAUCACAUUUUUUCUUUCCUUAACAUAAAAUAUGUUCUACAAACUUGUAUUCUGUCGAGAAGAUAUAGGUAUCUCUGGGCUUCUUUACCUACUUUGAGAUUAGCUGACCGCUGUCUGGUUCAUUAUACGGAUGAUCGUUUUGAAGCGUUGAAUAGAUAUAUUGUUUUUGUGGAUAGAUUACUGCUUCUGCGUGAUACUUCAUCAGAUAUCCAAACCUUCAAACUUAAAUGGAAAAACGUUGGUAACAUCUUAAGCGAUUUGGAUUUUAAUUACGACGUAUCAAGACAUAUCGCCAUCAUGGCUGCUGUUAAGCAUAAUGUUCAAGAGCUAAAACUUACUAUAUUUCUAAGGGAGAUGAUUAAAUUGCCAGACUGUUUGUUCACCUGUAAAUCGCUGACAAAGUUAAGGUUUUCUGGAUUUGGUAGGGAUCUGACAGACUUUGUUCUGCCUCACAUUCCAAUGUAUUUCCCCCGGCUAAGAUGUCUGGCACUUACGGGAGUCUCACUUGGCGAUGAAAACUUAACCAGUAAGCUUUUUUCAAGCUGCCCAAGUUUGGAGUCUUUGCUGUUAACAGAUUGCAGUAUAAAGUUUGAUUUUACUUCUCUUAGUCUUAAACACUUUCAUCUGGAUAAUUGUUAUGACGUUUGUGAGUCAACUGCUGACUAUGCCAUCACUGUUAAGUUAGCCGCUCCAAAUCUGACAUCCCUUAUCUGCAAAGAUUAUAUGUCACAAGAUUAUUCUCUAGAGAACCUUUCUUCUCUAGUCACCGCUGAUAUUGGAAUGAAAGUAAGUGACGAUUAUAGAGUGGAUAUACCAAAAACUAUUUCAGAGCUUACUACAGAGGUUAAAGAGUUGUAUGGUGCUCGAAUGAUAAAAUUUAUAAGAGAAGUCAGCAAUGUGACAGAUCUUACAUUGUCCUCACCUGGGUUACUCGAGUCAGAGUUGAAUAAAGACAACACUGGAGGUGAUUGGAUACCAGGGUCGUCGUCAUUUCCUUGCCUGCCCUACCUCAAGUUUGUCCGAAUUCAGGGUAUCCAAGGAUGUCUUAAUGAACUCAAGUUUUUACAAGUUUUGUUAAAGACAUCCAUUGUCUUGGAGAAAGUAAUGCUUUUUGGUGAUAAAGAAGACUCAGCUGAUAAAGCCGCACAACUGAUGGAAUUCAAAGAUAUGCUACUUGCAUUUCAUAGUGCUUCUUCAAGUGUCUCAAUCUCGAUGCAACUGUAGCGGACAUUAUCACAUCAUAUGUGCGCAACAGCAUUAAAUGCUGAGUGAUUAGGAGCAUUCAUCUGGAAGGGGACUGUCAGUGUGUAGUGAGAGCUAUCAAUGGAGCUAGGAAUGCUGUCAAAUGGAGCUGGAUUGGAGACAUUAUUGUUUUAUUAGGAAGUAGUUUUGAUAACUGGGUCUGUUCUUUUGAACCCAGAGAUGCUAAUAAGCUAGCAAAACAUGCAAUUUCGAAUUUUGUUAGGGUCAAUUGGGACCAGGAACCACCUGUUUGGUUAAGAGAUGUAGCUUUAUCAAGAAAUAUGUCUCAUUUUAUCUUCU